CUCUAUUUAACUCCUGCUCAUUCACACCACAAGUUCAACCAGCUCCGUCGCUCUCUGCCGCCGCUUCCUCCGUCACACACGCGCACUCACUCUCUCUCUCACACACACACACACACACACACACUCACAACACAAGGGUUCAAACACGCAUAACAUGCCUCCGUUUGACAAAACCCAGGUGCAGAACAAACCGUUCAAACAGAGGAAGAGCUUCGCUAUAAGGAAACAAGAAGUAGCGGGGAUCAGGUCGAAGUUCCCCAACAAAAUCCCGGUUAUAAUUGAACGGUACGAGAGGGAGAAGUAUCUUCCUCCGCUGGAUAAAACCAAGUUUCUGGUGCCCCAUGAACUCACCAUGACUCAGUUUGUCACCAUCAUCAGGAACAGGAUGGCUCUGCUGCCGUCUCAGGCCUUCUACCUGCUCAUCAACAACAGCGGGCUGGCCAGCAUGUCUCUCACCAUGGCGCAGGUGUACAAAGACCACCAGGACGAGGACGGCUUCCUCUACAUGACCUACGCCUCGCAGGAGAUGUUCGGACACUGACGCCGCGUUUAGAUUUUAUCAAGUAUUCAAAUGCUGCAGGCCUCCGUAUCUGCUGUAAAUAUAAAAAUAUUGUAUAUAUAUUUGUUGACAUGUUAAUUGUGAAAGAUGGAUUUUAAUUAAAGCAUGUGGAUCCAAUAAAUCAUAUGAAUAGUGAA